GCACUUGUUCUUGAGGCCGUAGAAGUCAUCCCUAACCCGACGUUUUCAUUAAUCUAAUCUCAACCGAGUCAAAAGUUUUUGGUGAUAAGCUCAUAGAAAAUAUAACAAACUGACAAUCAAACAAAAAGGAAAAUUGAUAUCUAAUCAAAUUCAAAGGUAUCAUCUUUAAUUACACACCGUAACUCUUACGUUCUGUAGAGCAAUCUGUCAAGGGUCAAUGCAGUGUCUCUCUUCUCUUGUUAACCAAGUUUUGAUCUUUAAACACCAUUUCUAUGGACGGAGAAGAGUAUCAGUUAAUCUCUCUCCAAACUCCAAGGAACCCCUUGGAUUCAACUCAAGAUGAAAUUAUUGAUUCAACUCAGAAACAAUUCCCAAUCCUCUCCUAUGUCCUUUCCCAACUUGAUCCCCACUUUAACCAAUCACUCUCCCAAGAAUCUGAACCAAAUCUCAAUACCCAAUUUCGUCAUUUGAACAACCCUCAAGUCCUUUCCUUGCUAACCCAAGCCGCACCGGCCGCUGUCACCCAUACUCUCUCCCUUCUCAAAACGCUAGGUCCUCGACCCGACCCCGAUGCUGUGUCGACGGCCCGACUCAAGAUUUCCCAGAUGGAAGAGUUGGGGAAAAUGGAUGCUGAGAUGGAGAUAUACAAGGCGGUGGUGAGGAUGGAAGACGUGCAUGUGGAUUAUGAGAGACAGUUGAAGGAGGCGGAGGAGAGGCUUGUUAGGGUCUAUAAGGAGGCUAUAGGGGAGUUUAAUGAUGAUCAAGUGAAUGAAGAUGUUGUUGCUAUAUUAAAAGAAGCGGAGAGUGGUGGUGUUGUGGAAAGAGUGGAUCUUUCUGAACGGCAGUUGAAGUUAUUUCCUGAGGCUUUUGGACAACUUCGUGGGUUACUGAUGCUCAAUCUCUCUCACAAUCAGCUUGAGGUCCUUCCUGAUUCAAUUUCUGGACUUGAGAUACUUGAGAAGCUCGAUGUUUCUUCCAACCUUUUAGGCUCAUUACCUGACUCUAUUGGAUUGUUGCGUAAUCUUAAGGUCCUAAAUGUGUCGGGAAACCAAUUGAAAGCUCUCCCUGAAAGUAUUUCUCUUUGCAGUUCACUGGUGGAGUUAGAUGCAAGCUUUAACAACUUGGUAUCUUUACCGGCAAAUAUUGGGUAUGGACUGGUGAAUCUGGAAAGGCUUUCUAUCCAGCUGAAUAAGAUCUAUCUCCUACCACCAACUAUUUGUGAAAUGAAGUCUUUGAGAUAUUUGGAUGUUCAUUUCAAUGAGCUCCAUGGCCUGCCACGUGCAAUUGGGAGAUUGACAAAUCUUGAGGUCCUGAACUUGGCAAGUAAUUUCAAUGACUUGACUGAGCUUCCUGAAACAAUUAGUGAUCUAACUAAUCUAAGGGAUCUCAAUUUAAGCAACAACCAAAUCCAAGCUCUUCCUGACACGUUCGGUAGGCUUGAAAGUCUAACUAAGCUCAACUUGGAUGAAAAUCCACUCAUAAUUCCCCCAAAGAAGAUAGCGAGCGAGGGUGUUCAAGCUGUCAAGGAGUUCAUGCAAAAGAGGUGGCUUGACAUGAUAGCCGAAGAACAACAGAGGACAAUGUUGGAGGCAAAUCAACAAGAACCUCAGACUGGAUGGUUGGCAUGGGGUGCUUCCUUGUUUAGUGGUUCAGGAAAUCAAGGAGGAAGAAAAGCUCAACGGGAUCCAUAUCUCGAUCAACUACUGUGAUCUUUAUUGAACUUGUGGUUUUUGUAAAUUCUGAGUGUAAACUUUUUGCUGCCUAAUUUGCCUUGUUAAAGAAAAUGUCAUGACACAACAGAAUUGUUUCUUGUGUUUGACUUCUUCCUUGUUUCUAGUUUAAAUCUCCAGCAGCAGAAGAGAAGGAAAAGUUUUAAUCUUUUUAUCAUUGCUAUUGAAGUUGAAGGGGGCAGUAAUCCAUUAAAAGUAA